GUCUACUAUCCGGGUAGAGCAGACGAUCCAAUUCAGAACAAAGACAGAAGAACAAAGCCAGUGUAGAGAAGCAGCAGCAGCAGGGUGAAAACUGAAAUAACUGAACCAAUAGCCACCCUCGGAUCAGAAGAAAACUAGCAGAAAUUCGAUAGAACCAGACUAGGAGGGCGGACAGAAUCGGGAGAUCUCCUGAUGACGGAUCCGAAUCUGGAGUUGCAGGAGUCGGGUUGGGAGGAACUCAGGAGGGAGGCUCGGAAGAUCGAGGGCGAUCUCGAUGUCAAGCUCUCUUCCUAUGCUAAACUUGGCGUUAGGUUCACCCAAGGAGGAUAUGUAGAUUCUGGGUCCCCCUCUGUUGGGUCCAGCAGAUCAUGGAAGUCCAUGGAAAUGGAAAUCCAAUCCUUGCUUGAGAAGCUAUUGGAUAUAAAUGAUGCAAUGAGUCGAUGUGCUGCAUCUGCUGCACCAGCAACUUCUGUAACUCAGAAGCUUGCAAGGCAUAGAGAUAUUCUACACGAGUUUACCCAGGAAUUUAGAAGAAUCAAGGGAAACAUAAACUCAAUGAAGGAGCAUGCAGAGCUUCUGAGUUCAGUCAGGGAUGAUAUUAGUGAGUAUAAGGCCUCUGGGUCCCCAAGGAUGCAGUUACUACGGGAGAGAGCAGCCAUCCAUGGAAGUAUUGCUCAUAUAGAUGAUGUGAUUAGUCAGGCUCAAACAACGAGGCAGGUCCUAGGCUCUCAAAAGGGUUUGUUUGGAGAUGUUCAAGGGAAAGUGAAGCAUCUAAGCGACAAAUUUCCCAUAAUCCGUGGUCUUCUUGGUUCAAUCAAACGGCGGCGAUCAAGAGACACUCUUAUUUUGUCAGCCGUCAUUGCCGCUUGUACCUUGUUUCUCAUCAUCUAUUGGCUUUCAAAGUAACUAUAGAUCGUGUGAUUUAUUGAUAUGGAAAAUGAUGGUGUUUUUUCUCCGAAUUUUGUUUAUGUAACUGUUCCAACAAAUCUAGCUGUGUUUUGUCUCCAUAGGCAAUUAUUCUUCCU